UAGAUUUUUGGUGUGAUGCCUCCAGCAAGUAGCUACGUACAUACAGGGCACACUCUAGGACAGGAGGAAAAAACAUGUUUUGCUGAUUUGGAGGGGCCGGUGAUCAAGACAAGCGUAGAAAGGGACUGCCUGGCUACCUGGCCACAGACACAAGCCCUAUCUGAUAGCUCUUUGCCGAGUUCUCCACGGUACGAGAGGCAGGGCAGUAUCAGAAAUUUGCCUGCUGUUCCCACCCUUGAAACAUCCCUCCUGCCACCCUGCUACUCUCCGUCACAGCGGUGCCUGGAGGAGAGGCAAGGAAGAGGAGGCGGACAGGCAGCUCUCCAAGACCGAGAACGCACAAAAGCAGCCUCAGCACCUCCGACGGCGCUCGCAGGGCGGCUUACCAGAAUCCAAAUGGCUCUCUUGAAUAGGCGAUUGGGUUUAUCCUUAACCCAUCUAAGCAGUACGGUGAUCCAGCGACACUUCAGUAUCACUGGAGCAUGCCGAGCAAUACAGAAACUCACCCGCGUGCGAGUGGUGGACAACAGCGCCUUGGGGAACACGCCGUACCACCGGCCACCAAAAUGCAUCCACGUGUAUAACAAGACCGGAGUUGGCAAAGUAGGAGAUACGAUCCUUCUGGCUAUCAAAGGAGAAAAGAAGAAGGCUUUAAUUGUAGGGCAUAAGAUGCCUGGCCCCCCCAUGACACCUAGAUUUGAUUCCAACAAUGUGGUACUCAUUGAAGACAAUGGAAAUCCAAUAGGGACUAGAAUAAAAACACCGAUACCCUAUAUCCUGCGACAGAGGGAAGGAGAGUUCUCCAAAGUAUUGGCCAUUGCCCGCAACUUUGUAUGAAAGCUAAGAAAGGUCUCUGGCAAUCCUGUUUAUGUCCUUUCAUACAGUAGCAGUUCCUUGGUCCUUUUCUAUAAAAUGAUGAAACAUGAAAAAGUUGAGGUUCAUCAAGAGUCUCCCUUCCUGAUUACAAGCAACUAGUUUAAAUGUUGAAAUACCUUGGUUUUGUCCAAAAGAAGGUUGAUUUAUUUCACAGAACAACUGCAGGGUGUUUGGGAAAUGGUCCUUCACCCUUACUGCUCCAGUGGUGUUAAUUUGGUCUCUAAUCAUUAAAAUGAGAACAUGAAAA